AAGACAUCUAAUUAAGAGUAAAGAAAUCUGAACCAUCUCACUACGCUUCUAAUUGGUUCUAGAGAAUUGCUAAAACUAAAUCAGGUAGUGCAUCCCAUGUCAUAGAAAUUAUCAUACUGAGUGAGAGUGAGAGACAGAGAACGUGGGAAUCAUAACUUUUAAGGUUUGAAAGACAUGGCAUCCACAUUCUAACUCUACCCCAUUUGCCGCAUUUCUCCUAUAAAUACCUCAUUCAUGUAACUUAUUGUUCACCUCUCUUCAGUUUUAAUUAGUUACUUUCAGCUUCACAAUCAGCUCAAAUAUAUGCCUGCCUUUAUGGAUCCUCAAGAAUCUGAUUUCAUUGAAGUAACUGAUCCCUUUAUGAACAAGAACCCAGGCAGUGCGAAACAGAUUUCAGUGGAUCCUAUCUCCUUGAAAGAACCAAAUGAACUUACAAUCCCUUAUUCAAAAUCCAAAACUCUCAAUAUUCCUAAGAAAAUCUCCAGCUUCAGCUUGCCAAAUUCAACAACCUCAUCUCCUGAUUUUUCGAAGAAAAACCAUAUCAGUCAACUACCAUCUCCUUUGUCAUCAUCAACAAAUCAUUUGGCUCGCCAACACUCCGUGGCUCUAACAAACCUUGAACGGUUAAGAGAAAUCCAAUUACGGAGGAGCAAGUCGUGUGGUGAAGGCAGAGCUAGUGCCCCACCUGAAGAAUUCGAUAUUUGGUUCACCCCUAAUAGUAUCAUUCAACAAGUACCAGAAGACAACAAUAAGUACUUGAUCAAUAACAAUAGCUUUUCCCCUGAAUCAGAAAUUAGCAACAGAAAUGAUGAAAUUUAUGAGAAAAAAACGUUGGAGGGACGAAAUCAGGACGAGCAAAAGUUUAAAUGUGGAGCGUUGUGUUUGUUCAUUCCAGGAUUUGGAAAGGGAAUCAAACAUGUAAAAUCAGGGAGAAGGCAAGUAAGCGGUGUAUCAUCGUCCGAUAUAGGACCACAUAUUGUUUCAAGGACAGUUUCGUUGGAGAAAUUCGAAUGUGGGUCGUGGACAUCAUCGGCAGCUAUAAUCAACGACGUUGGAGAUACAGCCUCCAACAACAUGUUUUUCGAUCUGCCAUUGGAGCUCAUCCGGUGCAGUAAUGUGAACGACGACACGUUUUCCCCUGUUACGACUGGGUUUGUUUUCGAUAAGGAAGUGAAAGGGGUCCUCAAAAAUACAUCAACAAUAACAACUUCUUCGAGGAAAUCACAUGAAUCGACCCGACAUGUUCGGUUUUCUACGUCGUCCCCGACAUCGUACCCGCCAUCACCUACGUCCUGCAUAACACCACGAAUGCUUACAUCUAGAGAAGAUUUCACUACAUUUCUAGAAGCUCAGAGUGCAUGAUAUUGUCAGAGAGAUAUUUUUACAAGAGGAUUCAUCAUCUGCUAUAUAUAGAGAGAUAAAAUUAAGUUUGUAAAUAUACUGUGUGCUUUGGGGGCGAAGAAGAUUCGGAUAAACCCAUACUACAUAAUCCCCACUCCUGAGUACUUCAAUAGAGCGUUUUUUUUGUUUUGUUAAACCUUUGUUCAUGUCUUGUGGAUCUUGAUAUAUAUUUUAUAUUAGAUUGAACGAGAACUCAUGAGUGAUACCAAUUGUAAC